AUGCAGCAGAGCGAGAGCUUCCAGAAGCAGCUGCAGGAAGCGGAGGCGAGGGAGCAGGCGACGUACCGCGCGCUGGAGGAGAAGCGGAAAAGCUACGAUGCGCUGCUGGUGACGCAGCUGGCGGACGCGGCGGCGAAGGAGAGGCUGCAGGGAGAGACGGAGACGCAGAAGACGGAGCUGCAGAGAUUGAGACAAGUGCAGGAUGAUUUGGAUCGGAAAAUACGCGAUCUUGAAAUUCAGCAUACGGAGUUGUUGCGGCAAACAGGAUCGUUGCAGAGUCAAAUUGAAGAGAAAACGAGGUGCGUGAAGGAGAUGGAGCAGAUGAUGAACACCGAGCGGACGCGGUCGCUGCUGGAAGUAGCGAGGUUGAGGGAGACGCUCCGCAAACGGAAAAGAAAAGGAGAAAGAGCGCAGCAGGAGGAGGAGGAGGAGGACAAGAGGGAAUCGACGCCGUCGAUCAAUGCAACCCCAAUCAAAGUGGUGAACUCGCCUUCGUCGUUCAUUCAAAGCGAGCGAAAGAGAUCGUCUUCGUUUACUGAGAAGGAAGAAGAAGAAGAGGAGGAGGAGGAGGAAGAAGGGGAGGAAGGAAGAGAAGGAGAGGCAGGAAGAAGAGUAAAUACGUCGACGGAUACGAGCAGCACGGUUCUAUCGGACAUGCUGAACAAUCUGUCAAAUGUUGUAAAUGAGCUCGGUCAGCAGCUAAAUCCUUCAUGA